GCCACAGGUACUUUAACUGGGUUUGUAUUGUUGUGUGCUGUGCAAAAGUGGCAACAAUGCGAAAUCAAAUUCUUAAAAGUUACAAGGAUUUAUUAAGAUACGGCGAAACGUUACGAUUUACCGACAAAAAAUAUUAUCGUUAUAGGAUACGUCAAAAUUUUCGAGCCAACAAGGGUCUCGUUGAUGAGAACGAAAUAAAAUUUCAGUUCAAUAAAGGCUUGCAGUUAUUGGAAAAACAACGCGUUGUUUAAUAUAAGUUUGUCAUUAAAACAAAACAUUCUCUCGGUGACAUUAUUUUAUCCUAUUUCAUAGCAAUAAAAUAAUUGUUUUAUCAACAGAAGAAAGAUCCAAACUAUACUCUAAAGAAAUGAAAAAGGAAUCUUUUGCAAGAGUUUUACUGGGACUACUGGAUAUGAGAAAACAGCUGAUACCUGUAGCUAAAAUAAACAAUGCAAACAAAUUGAUUCGAGCAAUACAUACUAACGUGUUAAAUAAAUACACUUGUUUAGGAUUUCCUCAAUAUAGAAGCUGUGGUAUACCAGUCACUUGUUCCAUGGAUGUAAAUUCAAAGUCGUUGAUACUCUGUAUAGUAAAACAGAAUCUACAAUGUCCAAUUUAUGUUCGCGGUAAGACUUCUCGUCACCUGGACUAUUCAAGAGUGCCAAAGUUACUUGAAGAGGAUCUAGAAGAGCAGCAUGUUCGAGGUAGUGGUCCUGGUGGUCAGGCAACAAAUAAAACCAGCAAUUGUGUGGUAUUACGUCAUAGGCCCACUGGUAUUGUUGUAAAAUGUCAUGAGACGCGUAGCUUGUGGGACAAUCAGAGACGAGCACGUGAGAUUUUACUGCGAAAAUUUGACAAUCUAAUUAACGGUGAAUAUUCGCUGGAGAGUCAGGAACGAAAUGUUCAGUCGAAACAUUUGGAUGAGAAACAACGUCGUAAGAAGAAACUGGCUGAGCUUAAAAAAGCUUUUAAAAAACGCGAAGUGUCAUUUAUAUUGCAGUUAUUUUAUUGUGACGUAAAAUUAAAUAACAAAUAAAAAUGACUUAGUUUGGUGCAACGUUCAGCAAAUUAUUGAACAUCCCUGGUAUCGAUAAUGCGACAACUGAUUAUACAAAAACAGAUAGGAUUACAUCGAGUGAAUAAACA